AUGGGUGAAAAUUUAACUGAUGAAGAAAAGGCAACGAUUGCUCGACGUUUCAUUGCUCAUGCACCACCGGGUGAAUUCAACGAAGUUUUUAACGAUGUUCGAACGUUAUUGAAUGACGAUGCGUUAGUUCGACGAUCAGUUUCAAAAGCAUUUGCUGAAUAUAAUCGUGAUCAAUAUAUACCUACGAAAGUGCAAGGCUCUGAAGAGGAAUGUCUGGUUACCGAUACUAAUGAUUUAGGCGACGGACGAUUUUAUGAUCCUCGCACACGACAAACUUUCAAAUUUGAUCAUCUACGUCGUGAAGCAUCGGAAUAUCAACCGCAUUCGAUUGAUGAACAAGCUGAACCAUGGCGGUCUGCAUUUGAAAAAGAACUUACGGAAUAUAUCAAGGAACGUUAUACAUAUGGUGCUUGCAUGGUCAUCGGUGGAAGUGAUGCAGAUACAAUAACGUUAGCUGCUUUUAUUGAAAGCCACAAGUUCGAACCGAAAAAUUUCUGGAAUGGACGCUGGCGUUCAAAAUGGUCAUUGGCUUUUGCAAAAGGUCAAAACGAAUGUGAACUUACGGGACUUAUCAAAGCGCAAGUUCACUAUUUUGAAGAUGGUAAUGUACAAUUAGUCAGUAGCAAAGAUAUUACCGAAACGAUUUCAAUCCAAGACGAAGCAGCAACUGCUAAGGAAAUUAUUCGAAUUAUCCGUCAAUCAGAAGACAAUUACCAACAAGCGGUUAACGAAAACUAUCAAGUUAUGUCCGAUUCGACAUUCAAAGCACUGCGUCGUCAAUUACCAAUAACGAAGGCAAAAAUUGACUGGACAAAAAUUACUGCCUAUAAAAUCGGAUCCGAACUUAAAAAUGCUUAA